AUGUCUCUCCGAAACUUGAUUCACUUUUCAACUAAAAGAUGCCGGUUUGCGAGCAGUGAGUUUAUCAAAAGAUAAGUAGUAUUGUAUUCAAGAUAAUUGGUUUUCAGCUUUAUCAGUUCGCGAAGCUUUGAAUAUGGCGAUGGAUGAAGAAUUGGCCAGAGAUAAGAGUGUUUUAUUGAUGGGAAUUGAAGUUGGAAGAUAUGAUGGAUGUUAUAAGGUACUGUAAACUCACAAGCAAGAAAACCAAAGCAAUUUUUUCAAAUUUAGGUGACAAAAGAUCUUUGGAAAAAGCAUGGAGAUCAACAAGUAAUCGAUACACCAAUUACUGAAAAUGGUUUUGCUGGAGUUGCAAUUGGUGCAGCUUUUAAUGGAAUGCGGCCAAUUUGUGAAUUUAUGACAAUGAAUUUUUCAAUGCAGGCAAUUGAUCAAAUUAUUAACUCUGCUGCUAAAACAUAUUAUAUGUCAGCUGGUCGAUUAAAUGUUCCAAUUGUUUUUCGCGGACCAAAUGGUGGAACACCUGGUGUUUCAGCACAACAUUCACAAGAUUAUUCUGCAUGGUAUGCACAUUGUCCAGGAUUGAAAGUAUUGAUGCCUUAUGAUGCAGAAGAUGCAAAAGGAUUAUUGAAAGCUGCAGUUAGAGAUGACAAUCCAGGUGAGUUCAAAUAAAUCAAAAACACUUAAAGAGCUACUUAUAUUUCCAGUGAUUUUCCUUGAAUCCGAAGUUAUGUAUCCAAAAGAAUUCGAAGUAUCCGACGAAGUUAUGUCUCCUGAUUUCGUUCUUCCAAUCGGAAAAGCAAAAAUUCAAAAAUCAGGAACUGAUCUCACAAUUGUCUCAUAUGGAAAAGCUAUGCAUACUGUAAUGGAAGCUGCAAAAGUUCUCAAAGAAAAUCAUAACAUCGAUGUGGAAGUUGUGAAUUUGAGAUCACUUCGUCCAUUAGAUUUCGACACUGUUGCUAAAUCAAUCCGUAAAACUGGACAUGUUAUUUCAGUUGAAGAAAGUUGGCCAGUUUGUGGAAUUGGUUCAGAAAUUGCAGCAAGAUGUAUGGAAGAUGAGAAGGUAUUUGGGGCUAUGAAAAAACCUAUGAUGCGAGUUACUGGAUGUGAUGUUCCAAUGCCAUAUUCAAUGCCAUUAGAAGCAAAAGCUCUACCAGUUGUAGAUGAUGUAACUGAUAUGGUCAAGAAAGUUCUUGGAAAAAAUUAG